CGACCUUACAACGCGUCGGAUUACACGCGACCUGAUGAACAUGGUCUACCGAAUACAAUCAGCAAACAAGGCCGACUCUACGAGAGUUCAAAUCAUCACCUUAAUUCCCUCUUACUUGCGGAAAUACAUCACUACCUUAGUCCCGCCCCAUAAUUCAGUCAUAAUGGCGCCAACAGACAAAGCCAUCGCGAAAGCGCUUGCCGACGUGGUGCGCAAAGUCUACAACGGGCCAAACAGGGAUCAAUUGACCGUCAACUACGCGCGCCAAACCACCGAGGAUAGCCUCAAGCUUGCAGACGGUUUCUUGAAGGAAGGCGACUGGAAGUUGAGGAGCAAGGAAAUCAUUUUUGAUACCCUUAAAGAGCUCGAGGCUGGUGAUACCGAACCUUCCCAACAAGCCGCUCCAACUUCCAAGUCAAUGGCGAAGGCCGCGCCUAAGCAACAUAAGAAGCGCGUCAAGAAGGCACCGGCCCCGUCGGACGCCGAAUUCGCCGUCAGUGAUGCCAGCGAAGUGGAGAAUGCACCGCAAUCUCGAGCCAAAAGGCGCAGGGUUGUUAAGACACAAGUGAAGAAAAAUGCCCUUUCCGACGACGAGGAAGACCUUUCGGGCGUCAGUGAGAAGAGCAGUGACGAAGAACCUCCGAAGCCUGCUGCGCAAAGGCGUUCCAAACAGCCGACAGAGAGCGAGAGUGAGCUAUCGGAUGUGCCUGAUAGAUUUUCAGGGAGCAACCCCACGUCAGACAAAGACGAAACUCCCAAUCCCGCCCCAGAUGACGACGAGAGCGAGCUGGCUGAGGUGAUCGACGAGCCGCCCAAGCGCAAGCGAAAAGCCAAAGCCAAAGACGAACCUUGCCCUCCUCCCAAAGAAACCAACAACAGCAGGCCCGCCGCCGACGACUCCUCAAGCGAACUCUCCUCCGUAAUCGACGAACCCCCCCCUCCAAAACGAAAGCGCAAGAACGCCAAAGACACUGCACCCGCAAAAUCCACAGCAUCUCGCGGCUCCAAAUUGACCUCCACCGACUCCCCAGACGAAGCCCAAAUUAAGCUCCUGCAAUCCCAGCUCUCGAAAUGCGGCGUGCGCAAGGUGUGGGCCUUCGAGUUCAAAAAGUGCGGCGCCGACACUCCCAAGGCCAAGAUCAAGCACCUCAAGGACAUGCUAUUGGGAGUGGGCAUGGCCGGGCGCUUCUCCGAGGCCAAGGCGCGCGAGAUCAAGGAGAUGCGGGAGCUGCAGGCGGAUCUGCAGGAUGUCAUGCAGGGGGAGAAGAGUUGGGGCGUUGGCGGUGGAGAGAGGGGCGCAAGGAGGAGGGUGGCUUCUGCUGCUGCUACGGGGAGGAGGAAGGGGUUGAAGGAUGAAGGGAGUGAAAUUGAGGAGGACGGGGGGGAGGAGGAGGAGGAGGUAAAGGGUGAGGAUGAGGGAGGUGAGGAGAGCGAUGAGGGCGGCAAGCCUGCCGUGAAAGGCAAGGGGCCAGCCCGGCAUAGGCCUGAACUGGCAUUCUUGGGUGAUGAGAGCGAAUCGGAGUGAGGGAUAAGAGGAUGUUUGGCACCAUGCGUCUGAAGUGGGGUUUCUACACAAUGUAUGGGAAGCAGCAUCAAGCAGCAUCAAUAUUCCUUUCCCAGUUUCUACUUAAGUGGUUAGCUUUUCGGACGCUGAACUGCCUAGUUGACCUUUGAAUCUCACAUGAGGUUCCAUGUCCGUGUUGGCGUGCGAUCUCG